AUAUCCUGUGGUAAAUAGUUUAUGAUCAGAUUCGUAGCGCUUGUGCGAUCCUCAGCAGCGUUGGCGGCGGCAGUGGCUGAUGCAGCAGCAGCAGCCGCAGCCGCAGCAGCAGCCGUUGCAACAGCCGCAGCAAAAACAAGUCAGUCCACCAAGCUGAAGCGCGAUGCUGGCUUGAGCUUCGGCAGCGGCCUCUAUCAUGGGCCCUCACACAAAUAUUUGCCGCCCGCUGCCAGCUCGGUCGGCUAUGAGAGCACCUAUGCCCAGUUGCAUGGCAAUGGGCUGGCCGCCAGCAGCGGCUUUGACUUUGCCAGCCUUGACACGGACAGCAGCCAUCAGGGCCCGCUUCAUCAUCAUCAUCAGCAGCCGCAGCUGCCUCAUCAUCAUCAUCCCUAUCACAGUCAUCAGCAGCAUCAUCAUUACAGCCAUCAGCCGCACACAUAUCAAUCACUAGGCUCUUACCAUGGUCAUGGACGUCCCGUGUACAUUAGCUCCUCGAGCCUGGCUGGCGGAGCUGCCGCUGGCCCUGGUCCCAGCUAUCAUCAGCGUCCGCCCAAGGUGGAGACCUACAUUGUGCACACCAGCAACGGCGGCGGCGGCGGCAGCAGCAGCGGGGCUCAUGGCUUUGGCCAACAGGGUCAUGGUGGUUACAAGUACUCGGGCCAUGGCGGUGCCUCUAGCUACCUGAGCCUGCUGGGCGGCGGCUCGCACAAGCAGCAUGGCGGCAGCAGCACCACCUAUUUGCUGACCACGCCCAGCUACAGUAGCAGCAGCAGCAGCAGCGGAAGCUUGGGCAGCAACAGCCUCAGCCUUGGCAGUCUCGGCAGCCUCGGCAGCGGAGCAUCCUCCCAUGGCAUCAGCUUUGGUCAUGGCCAUCCACUUAGUCUGAGCAGCAGUAGCAUCGGCGGCAGCGGCGGCGGCGUCGGCGGCAGCAGCCACGGCUUGAGCUUUGCGCCCGCUUUGGAUCAUGAACAGCAUUUGGGCUACAACUAUGAGGCGCCCAGCCUGCAGCACUAUGCCAAGCAGCCGCUGAACAGCUACGGCGUGCCGCUGCUGGCUGGCUAUGAGCACGGCCAGCCGGAGGAGGAGCAUCAGCAGCAGCAGCAGGUGCAUCACGAUGAGCAACAGCUGCCGGCGGAGAAGAGCCACACGGAGCAGCAGACACCGGCCUAUGCGAUCGGCCACAAGGGUCUGGGCCACUUCAGCUAUACGGCCAGCAAGCCGCUGGCCCUCAACACGGACAUCCAUCAGCACGAGGAUCAGAACGAGCUGGUCGCUGAGCUGGCCAAGGCGCCGUUCAAGCCCAGCGCCUUCCUUGGCGCCAAGCACGAGUCGAGUCUGGGUUAUUCUGACUAUGCCACGCCCACCACACAGUAUUUGCAACCGCCCACGGCAACGGGCUACGAUUAUGCGGCUCCGGGUCCGUCGGUCCUCUACGGCGCGCCUGGCCAGUCUGGUGACUCGGCCACGCCCAUCUUCGAGCCCGACUCCACCUAUUUGCCGCCCACGCACAACUACCACUAAAUUAUUCACAACUAUUUAUAAUAUCUCAUUCUAUAUAUAUCUAUAUAUAUCUCUGAUUUUUUUUUUAUAUAUUAUAUUCAUGUAGAGUUUAUCUAAGUUUAUGCCAAAUGGAGCGCUCGUCCAAUAAAAGCAAUUUGAAACAUA